CCCAUUUCCAUCGUCUGUCGAGCCCGACACAACAGUGCUUUCCUUCCACUUCUCUCAGCCAACGCCGACAGAAAUCAGAGAGAGACCGGCGAGGGGAAGAAGGAACAAGGAGAAGAUGUCGUGGCAGGCUUACGUGGACGACCACCUCAUGUGCGAAAUCGAAGGGAACCAUCUCACUUCCGCCGCCAUCAUCGGCCUUGACGGCAGCGUCUGGGCACAGAGCUCCACCUUCCCUCAGUUCAAGCCCGAGGAAAUAACUGCCAUUGUGAAUGACUUUGCGGAACCGGGGACGCUCGCUCCAACCGGACUGCAUCUUGGUGGCACAAAGUAUAUGGUGAUCCAAGGCGAGGCUGGCGCUGUCAUCCGAGGGAAGAAGGGCCCAGGUGGUGUCACGGUGAAGAAGACAAAUAUGGCUUUGGUCAUUGGCAUUUAUGACGAACCGAUGACUCCAGGACAAUGCAACAUGAUCGUUGAGAGGCUCGGUGAUUAUCUCAUUGAGCAGGGCCUUUAGUCGAGCAGAGCACAGAUUAUUGGAAUAUCGUAGUAUUUGGAGUCAUGGAGACUGUAUAUUGAAGGGGCUUGGCGAUUUCUUUGCUUUAUGGCUGUAUCCUCCUGAAACUCAUGUAACUUGGGGUGAUUAUGUCCGAGGAUGAAGUUUGUAUUGCGAAAUAAUUACUCCGUUGAAUGUUUGAAUUUGUUAUAAUAAGUAUGUAAGUUGAACUUAAUUUAUCGU